CUGGAGAAAUCCAACUCCAUUGGCUGCUUUGGUAUUGGCGGCAGGGCUGUAAAGAACAAAGGUUUGACUUUCAGUUUCGUUUCUUCUCCGCCCUGAGACUUUCCAACAGAAGAGCUUGCACGAUUAAGAAGAAUGGCUGGUGUCAAAUCUAGAUUAACACAAGAUGAAGUAAAGCAACUGCAACAUCUGUUGGGGAGCAGACAAUUCUCUCUUCUCUAUAAAGCAAGCGUCCAUGGUUACAAUGCUGCUAUAUUUCAUGCCAAGUGUGAUGCACAAGGACCAACUGUAGCAGUAGCAUAUAAUGGAAGUGGUUAUAUUUUUGGAGGCUUUACAUGUCAGAGCUAUGUUUCAUCUGGAGGGUACAUAAAUGAUGAGAAGGCUUUUCUCUUUAGAUUAAAAGGCAAAGAGGGUGUGCUCAGCCCACUAAAAAUUCCUGUUAAAACUGCAUCAGGUGCUAUAUAUGACUAUAGUUCCGUUGGCCCUAAUUUUGGAGGUGGAGCACUGCAGUUGUUGAACCAAAAUGCUGCAGCAGCAGCAGCAAGUUCUAACAACAACUACACAUACAAUGUUGCUGAUCUGCUUGGAAAUGAUCUAGGCCUUAUAGAAUGUGAGGUGUAUCGAGUUGAAGAUAUUAGCAGUUUCCUGGAAUCUCCAUGGAGAAAGAUUACAUGGACAACUGAGGAAAGAGGGAAAAUAAUGGAGGAAAUCAGAUCUUACAAACCUUAUUUAAAUUCAGUGCCACAGAUUCGGAUUUUGGUUCUUGGUCCAAUUGGAGCUGGGAAGUCCAGUUUUUUCAACUCUGUGAAUUCUGUUUUCCGAGGUUAUGUGACAAGCCAAGCCAUAGCAGGAUCUGAUAAUACUAGCGUGACAACACAGUACAGGUCUUACCCAGUUAAAGAUGGAAGAGAUGGCAAGCCUCUGCCUAUUAUCUUCUGUGACACAAUGGGAAUAGAAGAAAAAUCAGGAGUGGGUCUGGAAAUUGAUGAAGUGUCCAACAUAAUAAAAGGCCAUGUUCCUGAUAGGUACCAGUUUAAUCCAGCAGCCACCCUUCGUCCAGAUUCUCCAGGCUAUGUCAAGACCCCUUCUCUGAAGGAUCAGAUUCAUUGUGUUGCAUUUGUUAUUGAUGGGUGCAAAAUUGAGAUUCUCCCUGAGAAACUGGAAGAGAAGCUGAAACAGCUUCGAAGAAAAGUGAACCAGUUUGAGAUCCCACAACUUGUUUUGCUAACUAAAGUGGAUGAAAUUUGCCCUGCUAUUGAAGAAGACGUCCAGUGUGUGUACAAAAGCAAAGCUGUUGAGAAACAGAUGCGGAUAACUGCAGAGAAACUUGGAAUCCCUCUUGCUCAGAUUGUACCUGUUAAAAACUACUGCUCCGAGUUGGAUCUUUCGUGCGAUGUUGACAUCCUGUUACUGUCUGCAGUGAGGCAGCUUAUACGUUUAGCAGAAAGCUACCUUGACAAUUUCCCUUUUGAGAAGCCAAAGAAAGAGCCCUAACCUGAUAUUUACUGUGAUGCUGGAUAUUUUAUUGUGCUGACACCAGAAGUCAAAUUUGUUGCUGCCCUAAACAGAUGCAACUCCAUUGACUUCAGUGGAGUUGCACUUGCUUAUGCCCGUGGUGAAUUUGGCUCAACGGUUCUAUAUCUUGUUACUGCCUACGUAAGAUUAAUGGUAUUUUUGCAUGCAUCAAGGGGAGAAUAGAUUCUCUAGCUUUCAAGGUCGGAUCCCUUUAUUAAACAUUGCACAUUCUUACUCUUCUCCAUUUAAAAAGAAAUUGAAACAAUAGUUGUAAAACUACUUUUGUUAGAUUAAUUGGAAAAAUAAAUUACUCUAAGCACUUUUUCAAUCACUUUCAUCAUCCAGGUUUGGGACUUCAAUAACUCAGCAAGAGGUUUUGGGCCUAUUGCAGGAGUGGAUGGGUGAGGUUCUGAGGCUUGUGAUGUGCAGGAGGUCAGCCUAGAUGAUCACGGUAGUCCCUUUGGCCUUAAAGUCCAUGAGAAGAGGUGAGGCAGAGACACAAGGGACCUACUUUUCUUCUUGCUUACACUGGUUAAACACUGCUGUAUCUCUAUAGACAUUAGCAAUUACUCCAGAUUUGCACUUGAGUACUUGAGAACAGAGUUUGGAUUAGAUCCUUGAUGAGGUGUAAUAUCAAAUGCAAUGGUAACAAUAGAAAGAGUAGUCAAGGUUCUGACUGUUCUAGAAAGAGUUGGCAUUGCUGAUAUAUGGUUCCCUGCAGGUAUAGUUGAGAGGAAGGGCUACUUCCUAUACAAUAAACCAUAAUUAAAAUUGAGCAAUGCAUGUUAUUGGACAAGGAUUUAUUUUCUUUUUGUUAAAUCAUAGAAAAUUAGAGUUGGAAGAGACCUCAGGUGGUCAUCUAGUCCAACCGCCUGCUCAAAGCAGGACCAACCCCAACUAAAUUAGCCCAGCCAGGGCUUUGUCAAGCCGGGCCUUAAAAAGCUCUAAGGAUGGAAAUUCCACCACCUCCCUUGACUUGUUCCAGUUUGCCCUCUAGUGGCCGACAGUUACAAAAUAUGGAUUUCUAGAAAAUAGUGCUACAUAAAGAUACUUUAGAAAAGACUAGGAUGCAGGAUUUUAUUUAGCACUCUUGCCUGACCUAUGAUUUAAUUCUUUAUUAUUUUCUUUUCUGUGAGCACACAACUAUUUGGGGAGGAGUUUUAUUACCCAUUGAUCCAAGUCCAAUGUGAACAAGCCUACUAUCCAGCUGCCCCUGUGCCAAGAAAGCAGAGGCAUAUAGCAAGCCACCGGCGCUCUCCAUCAUAAGACAACAGCAGGUGAUGGGAUGGGAGUAUGGGAUGGCCUCUUUAUGUCUCCUGAUAUUUUGCUGUUGGAAUGUAUUUAUCCUGUUAAAGCAUAUUUUAUAAACAUAUAUCGCUACUGCA